UGGGGUAUGCCGGCUGUCUCCUUGCUGUGUACUAGGAAGCUGAAGGAGGCCACCAACCGGAGAGAGACCCUAUCCGGGAAAAAGGACAGAGGUCACUCCGGCCCAUCGGUGAUGCAGAGAGUUCCAAAGGGGCUGCUGAGGGGAAAAGGAGCUUUCUUUUUGAACAGGCCCAUUGGAGUGUUGGUUCUGUUCUCAUCUCAGUAGAGCUCAAGCUCUAUAGCUGUGAGUGGUGACUGACAUGAGGUCUAGGGUGUACCGAGCCGGGAGAGAAAGAUGCUUGUCUCCUUCUCAGUUCAGGACCGUUGCCUUGGCGUCUCCCACAGACGGGACAGAUUUGGAAGCAUCUUUGCUAAGUUUUGAGAAACUUGACCGUGCCUCGCCAGAUCUUUGGCCAGAACAGUUACCAGGUGUUGCUGAGUUUGCAGCUUCUUUCAAAAGUCCCAUCACAAGCUCUCCACCGAAAUGGAUGGCUGAGAUAGAGCGUGAUGACAUCGAUAUGUUGAAAGAACUGGGGAGUCUCACCACAGCUAACCUGAUGGAGAAGGUACGAGGCCUACAGAAUCUGGCCUACCAGCUGGGGCUGGAUGAGUGCAAAGACAAGCCAUCUGAAGGUAAGAACUCAGUGUAACUGAGUACCUUUUAUGUCAGAAUGUGAUAGAAUAUUGACUGAACUUCAUCUUUUGGUUAUAAGUGAUAUGACAGGACUAAAAUGAGCUCAAUCCAAAGAGAGACUUCGUCAGUUCACAUUAGUGUGUUAAAAGUCCAGGGGUCCAGAUACUCUUGAGAUUGUCUAGAUUUGUGGCUCUUAAUGAUGUCACUUGGGGUGUGUUCUUAUUCUCGCUUUUGUGUGUCCAGGCUCCACUUUCCUCAAGCCAUUAGUACUAGAGCCUUGCUGCUGCUGUUAGCUUUUUCUCAGCCCUAGGGAAGGCGAGCAAAGAGAGAUCCAGUUGUGGUUUUGCAUCUCUUGAUUCCCAGAGGAAGGAAGAGUGUCUUCUCUGGAUGUUCCAAAAGAAAGCUGCUGGGGGAGACUUUAGCUGGUCUGCACCAGCUUGCAUAACUGUGCUGGGCCAGAUCUUUGGCAAUAGCAAGAGUGCCCUGAGGCACCAGGCCUGAGUCCUCGCUGCAGAGACAGUUUAGAAGGACUGGUCUGACACAGACUGCCUGGAAUGAGAGGGAAGGGAUAUAUGAAAGACCAAGAACACAGCUAUGCCUGUGAAUAAUGCUUUGUUUCGCAAGAUUGCUCAGUGGGUAAAGUUGCUUGCUACCAACUUGACCCCAGUUCACCAGUGCAUGUACACACACACACACACACACACACACACACACACACACUAAAUCAAUUAAAUGUAAAACAUUUUGUUUUCAAAAAGUUUCUCAUUUGUGCUCAUAUGCUCUUUGUUUUAAAAUUAUUCCUUUGAAUACUGACACCAUGGUUCACAUCUUUAAUCCCAAUACUCAGAAAGCAGAGACUGGAGAAUAUUUGAAUUUGAGGGUAAUAAGAACUAUAUUGUGAGGCUUUGUCUCAAAAACCAAAAGAACAAAAUGUAUUUCUUUGGGCUAGUAGUAUCCCUCAGUACUAGAGUACUUGCCUAGCAUACAGUAGGCUCUUGGUUUGAUCCAUGCUUUUAUAUUUAAAAAAAAGGUUAGCUGAGUAUGGUGGUGCCUGCCUAGAAAUAUGACCACAGCAUGCAGAGCGUUGAGAUAGUAGAGUCCUGAGUUUAAGGCCAGUCUUAGCUACAUAGCAAGACCCUUUUUCAAGAAACCAAAGAAAUUUUAAAGGUGAUUUCUUUAUCUACUGUCUCUCUUCUCAUAUAACAUUCAUUAGAAUAGAUUUUAGAGAAAAUUCUCACUUUGUAAAUGAAAAAAGAGAUAGUGAUUGUCAGUUCACUGGUUGGAGCCUUGUUCUUUUUUUUUUUUUUAAGUUGCU